AUGGCUUCCAUUAAAAGGCUUCCAAUAAUUGAAAGCACUGAGAGACAAGUGAAAACUCUAGCUUUCUUGCUCGAAAUCGAAGACCAACAAGCAUCCCAGAUUGCCGUUGACACUUUGCUUCAUUUCUACGUUUUUAAAUUGCAUAGGGAUGAAGGCGAUUUGGAGGUUGCCGAGUUAUCAACCCCAACGAAGGAAGAUUACAGCAAGGCUUACUGGCAACUUUUCGAAUGCCAGUGGCAUUUGCUUUCAAGUGAACAUCAGGAUGCUGAAGAGUUUACAAGACCACUGGAGAUAAUAAGAAAAUGGCACUCCGUACCACAUACCCCAAUGCCAACAACAGAAACAUUCAAUGAGAUGAGUGAUGGGGAACGAAGAAGAUUUAAUAUUGAUCGUGAAAAGAGAAAGAAGGCUUCUAGAAGACUCAUCUUUCUCCCAAAACAGGAGUAUCCAGAAUUGAUCUCUGACACUACUUAUCACUCUAUGAAGUGA